CGUCUGCUGAAAAUGGCUGCAAAUACGGGAGCCAAAAUUUUUCGUGAAUUUUUUCGGGAUAGCCCCUGCCGAAUGGCAUAUCUUUUAAAACCCGGAGAAGUAUCUGCACCGAGACCGUUGUCUGCCAAAAUUGUUGCGCGGCCAAAAACGGCCCCAAAUCAACUGUUGAACCGAACUGAAGCUUCCCCUGUACCACUGACUUUGGCGCGACCCGUUUCACGACUUGAUCGUUACGUAGAGAAGGAUGUACCGAAAGCGACUGCUUACUUAGCGAAGCAAUCUCCUCCAUCUUCGUUGCCGAAGAAUAAUAAAAAGAAACCGAUUACGGAUUCCAUGACAGCUCGCAAGGAUACUUUCAAGAAGCAUCGUACUACUAGCUCCGGUGUUGGUGAAGCGAAAAAACUGAAUGCAGUUAAGAAUCGUGACCCACAGCCACGAAAACCGGGCUGCAAAGUGUGCUUACCGGACGAUCCAACCGGGUUUCUGCUCAACGAAAUUGAUCACAUUCGCGACCGCAUACUGGAUCGUCCGGACAGCAUCAGCUGUCGACAGGCGAUCGCACUAGCCCAAGAUAUACGCAACCGGGUCGACGCUAUAGUUCUACCCGAGGGGAACAUUGGAGAACGUGAGACACGCAUAAAGUUCAUCGGUGGUCGUGUGGAGAGUUUCGGAAAGAUGCCAGAACGAAAGCGGAAGUCAGUGACGGAUACAGUCGAUCUUACUACUAAGCGAGUGAAAAAUGUAGUAGACAAAACGGUCAUAUCAUCACCAUUGGGAAGUUGGAUGCGACUCGAAGAGCAACGAAAGGAUUUUAAGCAUCAGCGAUGAAAAUUAGUGCCCUACAAUGAUGUAAUACCAUCGGUCGGUUACACAUCCGCGAAAGGUAUUUAAAAAAACAUU